AUGCCAAUUUUGCCCAUAUUCUCAGCGUUGUCUGAAGUCAUCCAGAGGCCGAUCACACUUCUUAACCCCAGUACCGAACCAACGUCCAGCCCCAGCAAAAUGCAGCCAGCUGUGGUCGUCACGUGCCUGUUCCGUGGUCUUCGCCAGGCGGCGCCGCUAUCAGCCCCGCUGACCCAGCGCCUGUGUGCUCAUCACAGCGAGGGUCCGGGUGGUCGACGACAGCAGCACAAGUCCUUCAGCUCCUCGGCCUGUCGCCUCUCCUCCGGUCAGUGCCUGGACCCGGCCAAGUUCUACCAGUCUGUGCGGGACUCAGGGGUUCACUUUUUCUGUGGGGUGCCGGACUCCCUGCUCAAAGAUUUCUGUGCCUACGUGACCAGCAACUCCACGGAGAAGGACCACAUCAUCACAGCCAACGAGGGCGCUGCUGUCGCUCUGGCCAGCGGAUACCACCUGGCAACUGGGAAACCUGCCAUGGUCUAUCUGCAGAGUGCAUGGGUAUACCGUGCCAACGCCGAGAGCCACUUUAACGAGCGCAAGUCUCCGUUUGCCAUCCUGGUGCGCUCCAAGACGUUUGAGCCGUACAGUCUGGCAAAUGGUAACGGAAACACAUUUCCACUGACCCGCGAGGAGGCAUUGUUCAAGGUCGUGGACUGUCUGGAGGAACAGGACGCCAUUGUGGGCACCACGGGGAUGUUGUCAAGAGAGCUUUUUGAGUUCAGAGUUGCCACGAGGAUGGGCCACGCCCGAGACUUUCUCACUGUGGGCUCCAUGGGACAUGCAUCCACCAUCGCUCUCGGAGUGGCGCUACAGAGGCCUGACAGACAGGUGUUCUGUCUGGAUGGCGACGGUGCCGUGCUCAUGCACAUGGGUUCCCUGGCCACCGUGGGCCAGCAGGGCCCCGAGAACCUCAAGCACAUCGUCUUCAACAACGGCUCCCACGAUUCUGUCGGCGGACAGCCCACCGAGGCGGGGAAGCACGAGGACUUCAACCUGUCGCAGAUUGCCCAGGGCUGCGGAUACAGGGAGACUCUGGUGGCCUCGACGGAGGAGCAGAUAGAGGAGGCGGUGCGCUACCUGCACAAGGCCAAAGGUCCCAUCUUCCUGGAGCUGAAGGUGAAGCGUGGCUCGCGUUCCAACCUUGGCCGCCCCACCAGGACCACCCACGAGAACAAGGACGACUUCAUGAACUUUUUACGUGACUAGAGGAUUAGUGUUCUGCUCUAUGAGAUUAUUUAGUGUCUUGUCCUGUAGCGCUGUGGGAAUUUGUGGAUCUGCCAGACUGUGUAUAAGUUAUAAUAAAUUGACCGCUCAGUGUAAGACUUGAUCAAACGUCGGUGGUCAAACGUCAGUUUUUAACCCUCUUAGCACCAUAAAUAGGUCAGUAGGUUAGCACAGCAGAACCAAAAUGGCGGCCAAUCUGAUGGUCUCCGAGAACUGAAUUAUCGUUGCGUUUUUUUCAUCAGAGGUUCAGGGGGUGUAGCAAAGAAAUUGCUUUUUCUUUUGAUCUAAGGGACGUAUUUCAAUGAAAUUUUACAUACGAACACCUAGGAGUUCAGCAUCUAAAUUAAGAGUGGAAUAUUCUUAUUUCUAAGCCUGUAUGGCUCCACAGUGGUAAAAGCUGGGUCUGACAACAUGAUGGGAAGGCUGGUUUAGUCCAGAAUGGCUCAAAAAGGGUUAAAAUGACGUAGGGCGGAGUUUUACACUAAGCAAUAAAUAUGUGAAGCAUGCUGACAAAAUGAGUUACUUCUCGCUGUCCUCGAAUGGAGAUAUGGGACAAAAAUCAACACAGGGGUCGACAUUUCUUUUAUAAUUUCAUACAAGUACAUUGUACAAACUCAACCAAUAAAUCGGACGUGCAUAUGCCCAUAGGGCUAAAGUCUGAGAAGUAACUCGUUUUGUCAGAAGGCCUCACGUAUGUUCUUUAGCUGAGAUAAAACUCUUAGGGAAAAUGUGUCCGUUUUACUGGAGAGCGUGCUGAGGCGUUUUGUUCUAGAUUUGUGCUCGCAAAAUGCCAUGUUUCAUACAAGAAGUCCGUAAAAAACAAAGCCAUACAUUCAUAUGAUGUUUUGCCCUCAGUAAAAACAAUUAUGGCGUGCCCAUUGCGGAUUGGGUUGGGUCGGGUCGGGUUGGGAUGAUCGCCCGACUUGUUGCCGGAAAACAAACGUGUUUUUUUUUUUUUAGGGCGGGCCCAAUGACUGUUUGAGCAGGAAAAAAAGUCUCCUUGACUUUUCCCAUAAUGCAUCACGAUUAGUCAAAUAACUUGGUAUGGAUUAGAUAGAGUAAUUCUUUUUAUAAAGAUAGCGAGGCAGAAUGCGAGAAUACUCGUCGCUAGUUUGUGGGCGGGGCCCAGGCUUUUGCAAGUAUUCUCGUGCGUAACACUGAAUGAGUUAAGGAGUGGGGUUUUUGCACAAGCGGUGAAGUGUCGGUAGUUUUGUCACGUGGAUAUAAUCUCUUAACGUUGCCGCUGGGUGUUUGUGGCAACUCCCAGGAAGAUGCCAGUUCCCGUCUGUCGGCUUUCUGGGGACUGCAGAAUGUCACAAUAAGAUACUUUUAGACCAAGACUAUUUAUUAUAUCUUAGACAAGUGUGUGUAUGUGUGUGUGUGUGUGUGUGUGUGUGUGUGUGUGUGUGUGUGUGUGUGUGUAUACGUGAAGUCUCUCAAAGAAUGUGUCAAUUUUUUUUAGUGGAUCUGACAUAAUUGAACUUUUAUAUUAUAUAUUAUGAAAAAGAUGACAUUUUUAAGGGCCUAUUUCUAUGUGAUAUGGAAAGAUUUUGCAUGUUAUUGUUGUUGCUGUUGUUGUUGUUAUUAUUGUUGUUGUUAUUGUACUUCUCUGUUCAUUUUUCACUUAACUCAAGACUUAAGCAUUCUUUUGUUUGCGGGUGACAAGCUCUCUGAAAGAUUUAAAAAAAACCCGAACCCCCCC